GCCGGAGACACUCCCUCAUCCUCAAACUGGACGGUGCAAGGUCUCCCCGGAACUCCCACAGCCGUAGCGGCUGUCAACGUUUUAACAUUGGGUUUCGGUCCAAUAAUAUGGAAAAAGACGGAUGGAAAUACUGAUGACAGUCCGAAAGAUCGCCUCGAUUUGUACGAUGGGCGCCAAUGCCUCUGCUUUGGAGAAGGAGAUUGGACCAGAACAGUUUCCCGUUAAUGAACACUACUUUGGAUUGGUCAACUUUGGGAACACCUGCUACUGUAACUCGGUGCUGCAGGCCCUCUACUUCUGCCGUCCGUUCAGGGAGAAGGUCUUGGCCUACAAGGUCCAGCCCAGACGUAAAGAGUCACUGCUCACCUGUCUUUCUGACCUCUUCAACAGCAUCGCCACGCAGAAGAAGAAGGUGGGAGUCAUCCCUCCCAAGAAGUUCAUCUCACGUCUGAGGAAAGAAAAUGAGCUGUUUGACAACUACAUGCAACAGGAUGCCCACGAGUUCCUCAACUACCUCCUCAACACUAUCGCUGACCUGCUGCAGGAGGAGGAGAAGAGCCAGGAGAGACAGCAGAAUGGAAAACUGUUACAGAACGGAGGAGGAGUUGGGGGCAGCAGCGGGACGGGAGGAGGACAGGGUGAGGAGGGGGAGAAGACACAGCAGACCUGGGUCCACGAGAUCUUCCAGGGAACCCUAACAAACGAGACGCGCUGCCUCAACUGUGAAGCUGUGAGCAGUAAAGACGAAGACUUCCUGGACCUGUCUGUAGAUGUUGAGCAAAACACCUCCAUCACACACUGUCUCAGGGGUUUCAGCAACACAGAGACACUAUGUAGUGAAUACAAGUACUACUGUGAACAGUGUCGGAGUAAACAGGAAGCACAGAAAAGGAUGCGUGUGAAGAAGCUGCCUAUGAUCCUGGCCUUACAUCUGAAGAGGUUUAAAUACAUGGACCAGCUGCAGCGCUACACCAAGCUGUCCUAUCGCGUCGUCUUCCCUCUGGAGCUCCGCCUCUUCAACACCUCAGGAGACGCCACCAACCCCGACCGCAUGUACGAUCUGGUCGCCGUGGUCGUCCACUGUGGAAGUGGUCCAAACCGUGGUCAUUACAUCACCAUAGUGAAGAGUCAUGGGUUCUGGCUCCUGUUUGAUGAUGACAUCGUAGAGAAAAUCGACGCCCAGGCGAUCGAGGAGUUCUACGGUCUAACGUCGGACAUUUCCAAGAACUCUGAGUCCGGUUACAUCCUGUUCUACCAGUCCCGGGACUGAACCAGCCAAUGGGAUUUGGACUCAGCAUAGGGAGGGGCUUGGGCUACCACAGGCCCCGCCCAGCCCACCAUCCGUUAUAAAUAUUCAGGCUUUACAGCAGAGCUUUGCACUGUGGAGCAGCAGGAGGACGGAUGGAGGAUCUUCAGCAGACAGGAGCCAACGAUGGCCGAGCAACCCAUCAGUGUGACAGGAUAUGACUUCAUUGGAGAAGAAGAUCAGCGACCAGGGAUUGUUAUGCUUCGUCAUCAUCAUCCUAGUCAAGAUGGUCCUGAUGGUCUUUCUCUCUAUGAUUUGACGGUAGAUUAGAAAAUAUGUUUGCUUGGCUAGCUCGCCGCUUACGUAGCGUGACGUCAUUACUGGUGUCCUUGUCAUACAUAGUGCCACUGCGGUGGUCUUAAACAGCAGCUUGGUUAGAUGAAAAGUAGAUCUGCCAUUUCCAGAAUGUUCUCCUCUUCUUUGUUGUUGUUGGUUUGGAGAGAAGAGUUUGGUCCCUUUUUGCAGCUCAGCAGGCCAGUUUUAUAUUAUGGUUUGGAUGCCAAAAGCUGCACAAAUAUCUGUUUUUGAAGGGACACGUGUGCUCUCUAGCUCCCCUCUGGCAACAACAGAUAUGGAGUAGGUUCUCAUUUAGCUCCUCCACCUCCUGUCAUCUGAUCUGAACCUUCCAAUCAGAGCAUGUUUUUUUUUUUUUUACGCACAAGUUAACCAAACAUAGCUGUUGUUUGGUAAUGUUAAAUAUGUGUUACACUGCCAGUUGGAGUAACUAACUUCACUCUUUAUAGGUUACGUCCCAAUAUCUAUACCAGCACACUGCUAAGUAUGCAUGCCCGAUGUAUUCUAAGUAGUGUGCUAGUGCAGAUUUUGGAACGGAUCUGAUUUCUCUCAACAGAGAGCAACAUGGAAAAUGGCCCACUAUUCAUAAAGCUUCUCUGAGUAGGAGUGCUGAUCGAGUAUUGGUUUGGCCAUGUAGAUCAUAACCAAUCAGAUUCUUAUGGACAGGGACCUGAUCCUAGAUCAGAGGUUUUAUGAAUACAGGUCCUGAUCCGUAGCUCUGACAUGGGAGGUGUUUUAUAUUUUAUAUUAGCUAGGACUAGAGUGGGUCCUGUGUUAAGUUGAAUGUACAGUAAGGAACUGGCUUCUCAUUGGUUGGCCCGUACACAGGUCCUGGGGUCUCAACCUAUCCUGACCAGUACUAGUUAUAUAUCUGCACCCUAUUCCCUACAUAGUGCACUAUUUUUUACUUUGGCUUGUAGGGUCUCAUAGGCACAUUUGGAGUGUGAGAGAGUUAAACUCAUUAACUUAGGCCUACUGUAGACCUAUCUACCUAGUAAACACUACUGUAGACCUAUCUACCUAGUAAACACUACUGUAGACCUAUCUACCUAGUAAACACUACUGUAGACCUAUCUACCUAGUAAACACUACUGUAGACCUAUCUACCUAGUAAACACUACUGUAGACCUAUCUACCUAGUAAACACUACUGUAGACCUAUCUACCUAGUAAACACUACUGUAGACCUAUCUACCUAGUAAACACUACUGUAGACCUAUCUACCUAGUAAACACUACUGUAGACCUAUCUACCUAGUAAACACUAGUACACUCCUAGCCUAUAGGCUACUAUCUACCUAGUAAACACUAGUACACUCCUCUAGCCUACAGGCUACUAUCUACCUAGUAAAUACUAGUACACUCCUCUAGCCUACAGGCUACUAUCUACCUAGUAAACACUAGUACACUCCUCUAGCCUACAGGCUACUAUCUACCUAGUACACUCCUCAGAGCCUAUAUGGUUCACUCUCUCUGAGUCACAAACGAUACCCUAUUUCUUGUGUGUGUGUGUGUAUUAAACAGUGGUUUGACCCCUUU